UUUUUUUUUUUUUUUUUUUUUUUUUUUUUUUUUUUUUUUUUUUUUUUUUUUUUUUUUUGGGCUCCUUCCUCGGCUCCUAUUCCCUUCGAAACCCUGACUCGUGCCUCCCUCGAUCGGCUCCGGAUCGACGUCGAAAGCCGUGCGAAACCCUAAUUGUAUCCCUCUUUUAGCGAUCGGAGUUCGAUCGUUGUCGCUUGGAGCUGUAGGGACGAUGCAGCAGCAGCAGCAGCAGCAGCAGCAGCAACGGCUGAAGCAGCAGCAGCAGCAGGCGCUGAUGCAGCAGGCGCUGCUUCUGCAGCAGCAGCAGCAGUCGCUCUACCAGCACCCGAGCCUCCUGGCGGGUCCUCAGAUAGAGCCAAUCCUGAGUGGAAAUCUGCCUCCUGGUUUUGAUCCAACUACAUGUCGUAGUGUGUAUGUUGGCAAUGUGCAUGUUCAAGUAACUGAAGCACUACUCCAAGAGGUUUUCCAGAGUACUGGUCCAGUUGAAGGAUGCAAGCUCAUUAGGAAAGAAAAGUCAUCUUUUGGUUUUGUUGACUAUUAUGACCGCAGAUCUGCCGCACUCGCUAUUAUGACGCUUAAUGGGAGGCAAUUGUUUGGUCAGCCUAUUAAAGUUAACUGGGCAUAUGCAAGUGGGCAGAGAGAGGAUACAUCAGGGCAUUUCAACAUUUUUGUUGGGGAUCUUGCCCCUGAAGUCACUGAUGCUACCUUAUAUGCAUGCUUCUCUGUUUAUCCUAGCUGCUCCGAUGCUAGGGUUAUGUGGGACCAAAAAACAGGGCGUUCAAGAGGAUUUGGAUUUGUUUCAUUCAGGAAUCAGCAGGAUGCACAAAGUGCUAUAAAUGAUUUGACUGGGAAGUGGCUUGGGAGCCGACAGAUCCGUUGCAAUUGGGCGACAAAGGGUGCUAGCUCUAAUAAUGAAGACAAACAAAGUACAGACUCCAAGAGUGUGGUGGAGCUGACUAAUGGUUCAACAGCCAAAAGGUUAUUUACCCCCAAAUAUCUUUCUUGGGCAGAAGAUGGCCAAGAGAAUGCGAAUGAUGAUGGCCCAGAAAAUAACCCACAAUAUACAACUGUUUAUGUCGGCAACCUUGCUCAUGAGGUCACUCAACUUGAUCUACACCGCUAUUUCCACAGUAUUGGCGCUGGUGUUAUCGAGGAGGUCCGCAUUCAGCGUGACAAGGGGUUUGGUUUCGUGAGAUUCAGCAACCAUGCGGAAGCUGCCAUGGCUAUUCAGAUGUCGAACGGCCGAGUUCUAGGCGGAAAGGCAAUGAAGUGUUCAUGGGGAAGCAAGCCAACUCCACCCGGUACGGCUUCAAACCCGCUGCCCCCUCCCGCAGCCGCCACCGGCCCCUCCUUCCCAGGAGGCCUCUCGGCGGCCGAACUAUUAGCCUACGAGCGCACUCUCGCGAUGAGCAAGAUGGGCUCGAGCCAGGCCGUUCUGAUGCACCACGCUCAGAAGCAGGCAGCAGCCGCCGCUGCAGCAGCCGCCAUGGGGAUGGCAGGGCCCGCCGGAGCUGCCAGCCAGGCCAUCUAUGACGGCGGCUUCCAGAACGUCAGCGCCACGCAGCAACUCAUGUACUACUAAUUGCCCACGCGAUCGCCCUGCGUGCCCCUUUUAACUUAUAUACCCCCCUUGCUAUCGAAAACUUUCUGUCGAGUUGUAUUUGUGUUUGUUUCUACUGCCAUACGCUUGAUUACGAGAACGAUUAUCUGUAUCGCACGUGCUGCGCGAGCACGUGCUUAGUGUUGUUGUACCGGCAACGUACAAGGAGUGUUCUGCGAAGGAGAUAUAUGCUUCUUGUUGGGGAUGUUGUUUAUGUUUACAUUUUCUCCAUCAUUAUGUAUGUUUCUUUUGAAUUGUAUUACUCUUUGUUACUUUUAAAUGCUUUUCUUUGUAAUGUU